AUGAAUGACAGUCGCGACGCUCCAUCUACUCAAGUGCCUGUCGAGGCCAGUGCGAGCACCUUGGGCGCGAUGCCUCCCGUGCCUCACCAAACACCUCCCGCCGAGGACCAAAGUACGCAAUUACAAAAACCACUAUCACUGCGUAUAGAUGGCUUGAAUGCCACCGUCGCCCAUGGCGAGAACAAUCCCACACCGGCCUACAACCAAUCAUCGGAGCGCGGUAGCGAUACCUCAGUCGACGGUCGACGACCAGAUCUUCACUCCGCUAGCACCCUUACAGAUUCUCUUUUCAGCUUCCCUUCCUCUACAAAUGGUGCCGAUCAGCCGACGCACCUCGACGGCUCUUACAAUUCGAACGAACAUACAUCGGCAUCACAGAUGGGCCAGGAACCACAGGAUACCCACAUGGCCCCGCAGACCCAGUCGGUGAAUGGAGGCUCAGUAGACCGAUGGCAACCGUCACUACCCCCAAUUAAAGCUGGGGACACGUCCUUAUCACCGCCGCCUUCUCCAAAGCACUCGCAUACACGGUCGCAAUUCGAUGCCGGGUUGGCUCCCGGCCAGAAACGAACAGCAGCUGGCGACUAUAAGUCCACUAUAGAUGGGCCCAUAACCCAUAGCACUGACACGAACGGAGUGUCAAGGCGGCGUUCAAAAAGCACUGGUUCCUCGCUGCAUGGGAGCAGAAUUGCACAGGUAAAAAAAUUCUCUCAUCUUCCUACCGGAGACAUUUGCUCAUCCUAUCAGCUAUCCUCGCAUAUCCGUUCACGGUUAUCAUAUGCAGCUGCCAAGGUCGAACAGGCACGGCAGUCGCAAUCUCGUGGGAGUACCCCUCAAAGUACACUUCGAACACAACACAGCGCAUCAUCAUUAAGUCCAUCGGCGCCCAGCGACGUUGCAUCUCUGCCAGCCGGAGCUUCAACGCCUUUUUCAAUCAACUCGCAAUCUUCAUCCAAUGGGAACUCUCACCAUGCAAGUCAUAACCGCUCGCGAUCAGCAUUCUUAUCUGAUCAGUUCCCUCCAAACACAAAACUGGCACCGCCUGUCGAUAUCAUCGGUUCGAAUGGCCAAGGUCAGCGCCGUCGACCGAACCCAAAUGCAAUCGUCAAACCUUCAUCCUACAGUCCUAUCACCCGCCACAGGCGCCAUCAUUCCUACCAAGAGCAUGGGUUGAACAGGCCACUCAAUGGUACAGCCAUGGGCCCAGAGACUCCUUUGGUCCCAUCAAUACAUACAAGCGCACCGAUAUCCACACCCAAUGGGCUCUACGGCGGUCGUACCCAAUCUGAAAAUACAUUGAUGGAACAAGACGCCAUUGAAACAUUGAUGUUCAUGUCCAGUCCCGAAAACUCGGGAUAUCGCUUUAGUCCCCGGCCGAUGCAGCCCCCGAGCACCCAGAGCAGUCUCAGUGAGACCAUCAUGGCCAGCAAUGGUGCACACCAAAAUGGAAAUCAGAGCUCUCAGAGCUCCAAAUCUCAUAAUAGCCAAGGGCUUGAGGCGAAGCCCGGCAUGGAAGCCGGUGCCGGCGAUGACAUCGAUCGCCUGCUGGAUCAAAUGGACAGCGACAGUGAAGAUGAGGGGCGAUAUGAGUCGAUUCGCCAAGGUAUCAACGGAGCUCAUCCCUUCAGGCAUGCCCAACGUCCCAGGUAA